AUGCCGCAAGACACAGAAAUCGAAACCGAAGACAGCCUCAUCUCUUCCGCGAAGCUGAUGGAAACCAGAGACAGCAUCUCCUCCAUAGACAGCGAUGUAUCCCUCUCGUUCGACAAAACCGUUCGAUCAGCUGCCGAGCACGAAGACGAGACCUCCCACCUGGCCGACCUCAGCGACUCAGCUUCGGACACCGGGGGCAAAGACUCUGGCUGCGAGGUAACCCCCGAAAUCACCGAACCGCCUUUCACGCCUCCCAACGACGAACUGGCCGACAAAAUCAACCAACAAGUGGAAUUCUACUUUUCCGACGCCAAUAUCACCAAGGACGCUUUCCUGCUGAAGCACGUCAAGCGCAACAAAGAAGGCUACGUCUCUUUGAAGCUGAUUAGCAGCUUCAAGCGCGUCAAACACCUGACCAAAGACUGGCGAGUUGUGGCGCACGCUCUCGCCAGAUCUGACAAGCUGGAGAUCAACGAAGCUGGGACGAAGCUGAGGAGACUAGAGCCUCUGCCUCAGUACGACGAAACCACACCUUCUCGGACAGUCGUAGCUGUGCACAUGCCCAUAGAGAAGCCUACGAUAGAGAACGUGGCUGAGUUGUUCAAGGCGUGCGGGGAGAUUGCUCUGAUCCGGAUUCUGAGGCCCGGCAAUCCUGUUCCGGCCGAUGUGAGACAGUUCAUCAAUAAGAAUCCCUCGCUGGCUGGUAUGGUGUGCGCCCUGGUGGAAUUCGUUAAUUCGGAAUCGGCGAGGAAUGCGAUUCAGCUUCAGAACGUGCUCGAAGCUAUGAAGGUGUACGAGCUGAAUAAUGUGCCGCAUCCGGAGAGGAAGAAAAAGGCGAACAGUAAAAAGAGCAAUAUGAGUAGCAAUGGUAGUAUUAUGAAUGGCAAGAACUCGGCUUCGGAAUCGGACUACAUUUCGUCGUCUUGUCAGAGCGGGUCUGAAGCUGAGGAUGGAAAGAAAUUUGAUCUGAAAGGUAAAAUGAGACGUGGAUCAUCCGCCCACUUUCCCUCCCGUUUUAUCGAACCUGCCGCAUGGCUGCAACGUCGUCUUUCAGCUUCCAGCACCGAAGCUAACUUCAUCUACAUGCCACGCCGUCUCUCCUACGGCAGCAGAGACUCGAGCGAAUCGAGCCUGUUUUUAUCAAGGAGAAUGAGCGCCUGCAGCAUCUCCAGCACCGAUUCCUACAACCGCAGAAUGUCCACAGCCAGCCAAUGUUCCGAGUACAGCAGCCCUAGAUCGCGGAGCAACAGUUCCGCAUUUCAAAACACUGAGAACGUGCUCAGAUUACCGAAAGGUCCUGACGGCAGUCGAGGCUUCAGACAGAGGUUGCCCACAGUGGCGCAGUAG